AACGCGCGCCGCUGAUGACGCCACCAGUUGUUCGACAAGCAGCACAACAAGGAAGUGCCUCUCUGGCUCAACCCGUUUCGGACCGGAGCGACUUUAUGAGCUAUGCUUUUCCUGUAGCACAGGAUGCCUGUUGAAAGCCUGGAGAAAAGGACAGUGGAGGUGCUGGCUCUGCCUGCAGCAGUGGAUGAGGAGCUGCUCUUUCUGUACUUCGAGAAUAAGCGCCGCUCUGGGGGAGGUCCGCUCGUCUCUGUGGAGAAGAAGGGUGACCGCGCCAUAUUGGUGUUUGAAGAGGCAGAAGCUGCAGCCCAAGUGCUGUCUAAAGGGCACCACGUUCUGCAUAAUGUGGAGCUGAGUGUGAGAAAGCUGGCCUCAAAGGACCCGUGUAGACUGCUGCUGCGGGGGAUCAACCCCAACACCAGCACAGAGAUGAUAGAGCUCUAUGUGGAGAACAUGAUGGGGUUGAACGUGCCUGACUACGCUCUGUAUCCCUCGCCGGGAAGAGACUUCAUUCUCAUUCACCUCAGCCAACCCUUCUCGAAAGACUUCCAAAACCUUAGUGCUAAAAUCUCUAAGAGGAAACUCGACGGGGCCAUGGUAACUCUUGAACAGACUGAGCAAACUGACUCCGUGUUAGUGGAGAACCUGCGCCCUGGCACCGCUUCAGACAUGCUGACUUUGUACUUUGAGAGCGAGCGAGGUGGGAAUCAGAAGGUGAAGGAGGUCACAAUGCUUUCAGAGGGUAAAGCCAAGGUGUCCUUUUUCAAUUAUGAAUCUGUGGGCCCUGUCCUGGGUCACCUGCACAAACUGGACGGCGCCGAUCUUGUUGUGAUGCCGUACCUCGACUGUCUUCAACCCACGGAAACAUUAACGUCACCAGACUCUGGAAUUGGCAGCCAGGAUAUGACUGAGAGAAACUUGGAGGAUAUUGAGAUGCAGACUAGUCCUCCCGUGGUGGUCCAUGACAGCAGCCAAUCCUCCUCUCCGAUGGCCUCGAAGCCUCUUGCCGCACAGGUAGCAGUAGAAGAAGCGGCAGAGGAAGUCAUGGACCAAACGGAGGCCGAUGAUACACUAUUAAGCCACGUUGCCGUCGCUGACCCAGUAAAACUCGCUUUGUUUCAACUCAGCACCUUUCGGAAGGACACUGAAAAGGCUCACCCAAGUUUCACCAUCCAAAUCAAAGACAAUGGCGUGCACAUUGCAGGGACUGACAGGCAAAAGGUGGAGCAGAUAAAGCACGCCGUCUUGGACUGUUUUGGCAAAAUGGCUGAGACUCAUUUCACCCUCGAGCCAGAAAAGGCGCAGUUCCUUGCAAGAGAAGAUGUAAAAGAGCGUUUACUGCAAAGCAUGGAUCAAACUGGGUCUCCUGCUAUGUACACCGUAUCAGACUGUAAUGUCAAGGUAACCUCCCUCUCCCAGGACUCUAUUAACCAGGCAAAUAGCUUUUUGAAAUCCCAGCUGUGUCACUUCAGCAUUCGGGUGGACACGGAAUAUGAGUGCAUGUUAUAUUGCAGAGAGUGGACAGAGUUCCUGCAGGCUCUGGGUUUCUGCUCUGUUAAAGUGUCCGAAGGAGGAGGCGAACUUGACGUGGUCACUCUGAAAGGUAUGGAGAAUGAGAAGCAGACUGCAAUCAUGGAGUUUCUUACUACACCCAUUGAAAGGGAGACGGUCAUCUCUAUGGAGCCAGGCAUGCUGAAAUACAUCCAGAUCCAUUGUCAUCAGCUGCUGGCUGACAUGGCCCAAGUGUCUAUUUUCCCACUAGAAGCAGAGGACAUCUGUGGGUUAAAGAUCCAUGGCCCUGCUACUGCUUGUCAAAUGGCUGAGGAGGUGUUGCAAGGCGUGGUGUCCUCUAUCUGCACCAGAACCAUCACAGUGAAUGCUCCCGGAGUGACUCGGUUUUUCGACGAGAAGGAGUGCAAGAGCAUCCUGGAGGAGAUGGAGAGGAAGUUUCAGGUCUAUAUCAGCACGAAGCAUGUGCCCUGGGAAUUCCUGCCACACCAGGACUUUUUAGAAACUGCGUGGGACAUGAUGUCCCACAAAAACUUCCAGAAAGUGUCUUCGGAUGGUGCUCCACAGGAGUUAAAAUCAGACUCAAUGCAAACUGAUCACAAUGGAGCUCCUGGCAACGGCCUUUUAGAGGAGGCAAAGAGAAUCGUCUCAGCCGUCGAUGAAAGACCCGAGGGGGGUGUGUCCAAUACCGACCAAUCUGAUGACAUGGAUGGCCUGGACCUGUACACGGCAGAGGAACCGACCAGCCUGACAUACCCUUGUGUGAGAUCUGUCGAUGCGUCUCAGCGCUCAGCUGAAGGGAACGCUGCGAGUGGGUUACUCCUGCAGAGUGACGGGGCUCGGGGCCUUUCUAGCAACCUUGAAGAGGAGGCCCAGCUUUCUCUAGCCAUCCAGUACUCUAUGGAGUCCAGCCAUUGGUCCCUGGAGGAUGAUGAGGAACAGCUGCAAAAAGCCUUGGAGCUCUCCAAGAAAAUGAUCCCACAUGAAGCAUCGUCCAGUUGUACUGACAAGAAGGUGGGCCAGCCGAAGAAUAAGGACCCCAACGUGUCCUUACAGGACGCCAUCAAGGCAGCCAACACCUUGCAGUUGCUUGUUUUCGCAGGUUAUAACUGUGACCUAAUUCGGGUGGACAUAGCCUUCGGGAAGAAGGUCAGCCAGAGACAGAUCGAGGAGAAACUAGAGAACAGGACUGUGAAGAACAUGUCCGAGUACCACAGGAAGUGUCUGGAGAUGAUCAAGAGGAAGCACGGAGUGGAGAUCCAAAUUCAGGGCACCAUAAUCACCGUUUCUGGCUUCAAGGAGUACGUGCCCGGAGGACUGUGUGACGUGAAGCUGCUGCUGGAGAGAAUCUCCAACUCUGUCUCCGACCGGGAAAUCCUGAGGACUGUCCAGUGGGCGUACCACGAUCCGGCCUCUUCGGAGAAGAUUCCUUAUUCGCCCGAUGCCACUGUGUUCAUCGAGAAUGCUCUGAGGUUGAGGCGGAAAAAGGUGGAUAUCUUGCUGGACAAUCAGCCCCACAUCAUCGACUUUGAGAAGAUGGAAGAACACAACGUAGCUUCGGGGAAAUCUGUGAAAAUCUCCAGGAAGUUGCCCGAGUUGGGGGAUUUGGUUGAGGAUGUACCAGAAGAGGAAUACUCUCUGCUGUCGAACCUGCCCGAAGCCACCAAAAUCGACGAGGAAUCGGACGAAUUUCAGGAAGUGGUGAAGAAUUUCUACGAGACCAUACAGGAAUACCACAGCAAAAUCAGAAUCAUACAGGUGGAGAAGCUCAUGAACCGACUGCUGUACAACCAGUACAAGUUGAAGAAGGCGAGCGUACUGCAGCGCGCCACGUAUCCGGAAAUCGAACGGACUCUCUAUCACGGCACAAGUGAGAAGUGUGUGAAAGAGAUCUGCGUUCACGGAUUCAACAGAAGUUUUUGUGGAAAGAAUGCCACCGUCUGGGGUCAGGGGGUGUACUUUGCCGUCAACUCUGCGCUGUCGGUCCAGGAGCAGUAUUCCCCCCCGAAUGCAGACGGAUACAAGUUUGUUUUUGUGUCGAAGGUUCUAACGGGAGACUACACUACAGGUGACCAUUCGAUGAAGACCGCCCCGCUGAAGGAGACCGACGGUAUUCCGCUCCGAUACGACAGCGUGACCGAUGACAUCACGAAGCCGUCAAUGUUUGUCAUCUUCAACGACACGCAGGCUUUUCCUGAAUAUCUCAUCACAUGCCAAAGAGUCCACCGCUGAGGAAACCGAGAAAAAAAAGGACUGCUUCUGUUAUGUUUUUACCUUGUUUAGAAAAAAAAGUGCAUUUGAUUUAUAAAGGGCUAACUAUUAUUAUAGUUAUAGUGUACUGUUUUUGUUUUUUCAUCAAGUACGUUGCUGUUGACUGUUCAGUCUACUUUCAGAUCUUCGGUUUAGUCCAGUCUGAUCAAGAGAAACUCAAACCACUGAAACCCAGAAGCCCAUUUUAGUUAAGUCACUUUAAACAUGCUCUUUCAGCACAGAUGUGACUCAGCAGUUAUCGCAUGACAUUGCACUUAGUCAUUUUGGCACCACACACUCCAAUUAUUAUUUCCCAUGCUUAAACAUCGCAAGCAUCCAAGGUAUGUUGUAUUUAUGAUUUUGAAAACGAACAUAACUGACAUGCUGCACGUAGUUCUUGAUACAGAUCAUUUUAUUAAAGUGAAUGUGACAUGUUUUUAGCCUGUUGACGGUGCUGGAUAUGCUGCUGCCUGAGUUUGAUAUGAUCUGAAUAUAAUUUAUAUAUACAUUUUUUACUUUCAGGUUCAGUGGUUUGAGUUACUCUGUAGUGUACAGGUUCUUCUUGGUGAUAUGAAAAUAGUUAAGAUAACUCUGAUAAUAGCUCCUAAAUGUAGUUACAGUAACUACCUGGUAUGUUAGAAAACCAGCAGUUCCAGGUCCACUGUUUUACCUUUUUUUUUAAGAAAAUGUUAUCGAAAAAUAUGAUACCAUGUUUACAAAAAAAGAAGGAAAAUUAGGCCUAGAUUGAAAAUAACUAGAAUUAUGCUCAACACAAUGCAGCAAAUCAUGAAUUAUUUUAGGUUUUAAGCUAUCUUGUAAAUGUUAAGCUUUGCACAUCUAUCGCAUUUAAAGUGAAUGUGUAUUCUUAAUUUAAUAAAACACAAAUAAUCUGAAUUAA